AUCACAAGUACAAGGUUUCGUGAUGUUCAGUUCUCUUUGAAACAUAAAUCUGGUUUUAUGAUAGAAAGAUAUUUGUAAAUUCCAAAGUAUUGUAUCACCAAUUCCUGAAGCUUGCGAGUAUUUUAGAAAAAUAUGUUUUCUUCUCAUUUUUUUCAUUUAGGCAUAGGUAAUUAUGUAAGCCUAAUAACUUCCACUUUUUGUUACAGAACAAUGAAAGCUGACAUAGUUUCAGUUUGCUGCAUGUAUUUUUUAUGGCCGUUGGUGGUCUUUAAUCACCUGCACACCUCCGGAAAACCCCUGAAACCUGGAAUUGAACCCUUCAAACCUGGAAAACCCCUGAAACGUAAUGUCGUCAACAAUGGGAAAAGUUUUGAAACAACUCAGCCCACUGUUACGCCAAGCAUAACUGCCUCUACAGCUAUUAAUACUUUUCUGCAAAAAAAAAAAGUAGGGAGUACUUUUUUAUACACACAAACUAACACACUCCACUGAAAAUUAAUUAUCAAAUAAAUUAGGUACCUACCUAAAUAUGGGUUGAAAAUUACAAUGCCUUUGAACUACCAAUUCCAUAGUUCGUAGCAGAUUAUUCCUACAUAAUAUCUUACCUAAUUUACUAAAAUCAUUGCUUCAAUCAGGUGGAAGAACAAUUAGCAAUAGACGAAGAGAUUCUACAAAGUAUCGGAUCGAUAGACGACUUGAGGAAUGUGGUGAAAAACAUUUUAUUCGGGGCAUAUUUAAAUAUAGAAAAUUUGAAAGCGGAUGUAGAAAAGUGGAAAAUUGAUUCAGAAAAGUGGAAAAUUGAUUCUGUACUUAAGGAUGCCAGAUUGAAGCAGGUUUACUCAUUUUAUUCAAGACUGUUGAGCUGUGGGGAUAAUCUCAGAUUUGCUAUGGAGAUGCUACCUAGCUACCGCCAAACUAACGUGCAUAAGCAAAUUAAUAAGAAAUGGGAAGAAAAAACAAAUGCACUCGAAGUUGCUGCGAAAAGUCUGGCAAAAGCUGCCAUUGAGACCAACGAAAACACCCCACUUUUCAGAAACGCUUUCGAGAAGCUGAAACAGAUCGAACUAACUAAAUCGACAUAUGCUGCUGAAACGGAACUAGGAAAAGAACUAAUAAAGCUUCAAAGUGCUCCAACCGAGGCUGAAGCUAAAAUUAUAUGGAUUGCUGAAAAAAAAUUGUGGAAGGCGUAUUCCAACUGCUCGGAAUUACCAGCACCUGACAAAUUAUUCCUUCAGGAUAUAUCUAAGCUAACACGCCUUGAAUUACAAGAAAUCAGGGAAGAUGGUAAUAAAAAAGCUUAUAUGCUAGAAAAACCAACUGAACUGAAUUACGCGUUGGAUUAUAUGGAACUAGGGCAUAAAAAGUCUCCAGGUGCUCGAUAUAAUAAAUGCACUUGGGUUAUGCAUCGCGAGGACCGAAGUUAUGUUUUCAACAUUCUCGCAGUACUCGAAAAAAACUGGACAGAUUUGCCAAAUCGUUCAGAUAGGGUUCAUGAGUACUGCAUUGAGUAUGAAACUCUUUAUAGCGUACUAUCAAAACGUACACAACAUAAACCAGCACCACAGCCACCUUUUCCGGAGUGUAAACCAGAUAGUGAUGAUUUUGAAGAAUUCUUGCAACUAACUGGGAUUAAAAUUGAGCCAAGAAGGAACUUGGUGGCCAGAACUCUUUAUCGUUCAUAUUAUUUGGAAUUCGUUAAUUAAAAAAUUAAAAUUAAAACACUUAAUUCAGUGAUAGGUAUAAAAAGAGUAAAAAAAAAACUGAUUUUGUAAGUUAUGCAAUUAUUCGUAUGAAGAAAGUACAUGUCUUUUUGAGAAGGUGAAAAGAAUUAUGGUCGAGAAUUGAAGGGAGGGACUCGAUUAAACUGUCUGCAAGAUUACAACACCUCUGCCGAUGAAACCACUUUUAGAAGUUUUCAGAUUUAUGUAUAGGUACUGGUAGGAAUUUGUUUGGAUUCUAUUUUAAACAGGUAUUUUCUUUUCGAUGAUCUGCAGUUACCUAUUGGAAUCAUUGCAAAGAUAAGUAAUAAUGUUUGAUAUCGUUUCCUAGAGUAAAGGUACCUACGCGAUAUGAGACCGUUUAAAAGACUCUUAAAAAUCAAUAAUUGUAGGCCUAACGCGGCUGUACGGUUUCAGGAAUUACACUUGUUUCAACAGAUACGAGUAAGAGUAAAUGUAAAUGUUGCGCCUAAAUUCUUGACGAUGUAAUUAACGCCGGAAAUAUUAUUAUUCGAUAGAUCGGAAAUAAUGCGGUUUCGGCGAAGUAUUUGGUCGGUUUCAGGAAGCUACAAAUGGUGUAGUUCCGUACUCGGCUGCUUAUUGUGUAUACUUUUAUCGGCACGACUGAUGAAUUGCGAUAAAAGCGAGUCAACGAGUAAAAUUCAACUUCUAAAAGAUCUGUCGGGAAAACACUACGUUUUAAAACUGAACGGCGUCAAGUUUCGCGAAUAUGUCAAGACCAAAAUGAGAGACUAUUCUUUCGUCGUUUUGUUCGCGGCGUUAGCGAAUCAUAGACGUUGUACGAUUUGCGGAACGGUGCACGAAGAGUUCGAGCUGGCGGCUAAAUCGUUUCGUAUGAUGCAGGGAGGUAUUUCGGAUAAAUUGUUUUUCGGAUCUGUAGAUUUCGAUCAGAGUGCCGACGUUUUUAGAAUCAUGAACGUGAACAGCGUACCUUCGAUCAUGUUCUUCCCUAGUUCGCGUAAUGCGAAGCACGAUAUCUUGGACAUGCAAAGGUUCGGUUACUCGGCCGAAGUAAUCGCUAAAUGGCUGACCGAAAGAAGCGGUAUCGAUUUCAAAAUAUUAAGACCUCCGGUAUUCUUCGGCACUGCUGGUUUACUGUCGCUGCUAUUCGUCGGAUCGAUCGUGAUUUAUUUCCGAUGCGAAACCAACGUCGGAGUUUUCACCAAUCGUACCAUUUGGGGUAUUACUUCGAUCGCAUUCUGCCUAAUCAUGACGUCCGGUCAAAUGUGGAACCAUAUGCGAUCACCUCCGUUCAUCACGAGAAAUCCCAGCGGUGGCGUGAACUACGUUUUGCCCUCGUCGCAUAGUCAGCUUAUUGGCGAAACUUACAUGGUAUUUUUACUAAACGCCGGCAUCGUCGUUUCUGUAAUCGUGCUCAUAGAUCACGCCUACGCCGACAUGCCUUUUAGGAAGAAUAAAAUUCUGUCUAUUUCGUGUAUUCUCGUAGCAGCCUUGUUCUUUAACGCCAUUUUAACCAUAUUUAAAAUGAAGGCGUCAAAUUAUCCGUACAGAGGUUUUUUAUGAAUAUUUGUAUCCGACGAGUCAUUAUUUUGUUACCUACCUAGUAAGUUUAUGUUUUCUCUUCCCUACUCCUACUUAAUCUAUACUUACGAAGUCUUUAUAAAUACUUACCUAUUCGAAUUUUUGUAGUCAGAUUUGUAUUAAAAUGAGUUUAAAUUUGA